UCCAGAAUUCCACCUCUUCUUGUUCAAAAAACCCUAGUGAAAACAAAAACCCUUCUCCACCCCUCUUGUGCAGGUUUAAACCCCAAUUCUCACUGUUCCGCCAUCAAUGGCUUCUCCGGCAAACCCUCCAACUCAAAGCAUGGUAUCAACCGAAACCAUUCAGAAAGCAAUCGACGCACUCUUCAAAUGGCGCAAAUCCAAUUCCACCGCCAAACCCCAAAAACUCUUCGACAACGACGAGGAAUUUAUCUACCUCGUACUCACCCUCAAGAAGAUACCCCAAAAGGAUCACACUAACGUAACCCCACUCAAGAUUCCUCUACCCUAUACGCUCAUCUCCCCUUCCUCUGAAACCUGCCUCAUCGUCGACGACAGGCCCAAAUCGGGCCUCACGAAGGCCCAAGCCCAAUCUAAGAUCCAGGCUGAGAAGGUCGCCGUUUCGAAGGUCCUCAAGCUCUCGAAGCUCGCCUCCGAUUACAAGCCAUUUGAGGCAAAGCGGAAGCUAUGCGACUCAUACGACUUGUUCUUCGCGGAUAGGAGGGUGGUUCCUCUUCUUCCGAGGCUGUUGGGGAAGCAAUUCUUGAAGAAGAAGAAGGUUCCGGUGCCCUUGGAUUUGAAGAAGGGGAAUUGGAAGGAGCAGGUUGAUAAGGCGUAUUCCUCGGCGUUGUUUUCUGUUGGGAAUGGGACUUGUUGCGUUGUCAGGGUCGCUAAGGUGGCGAUGGCGAGGGAGGAGGUCGUGGCGAAUGUGACCGCCGCAAUUGAGGGAAUUGUGGAUGCUGUGCCGAGGAAGUGGAAGAAUGUGAGGUCGUUUCAUGUGAAGCUGUUGGAGUCGCUGGCACUGCCGGUUUAUCAGGCUGUUCCGGAUGUGAGGUUGAGGAUUGAGGGAGGAGACAGUGAAGGAGAGGCUAUGGAGAAGGAGGAAUUGAAGAAGAAGAGGAAGAAGAAAAAGGGGAGGUAUAUGGAUAGUGACCUUGGCGAGGAUCAUAGCAAAGAUGAGUUAGGUAGUGAUGAUUUUGAGCAUGCGGAUAAUGAUAACGGUCGUGACUUGGUGAGUUUGAAGAUGAAGAAAGGAGAUCAAGUGAAAAAUGGGGCUUUGAGUGGGUUGAGUAAUGUCAAGCGAGAGACGAAGAAACGCGGGUUAGUUCAGUGGAAUGGAGCAGAUAUGGCAAAGAAAGUAAAGCAUUAAAUAUUUUUUGAUGCUCAAGAGGAUUUUGCUGGAAUUCACUGAUUCUCUUUUAUUUUUCGAAUAGGAAGAAUUCACUGCUUGUUGAGUUAUCUAGCAGAUUUUGUUAUCAGCAUUCUAUAAUUGUGUUCUCUUCUGUUGGUCAUUUUAUCACUUGCUAAUCCAAAUAUCCUAUACUUGAGCUUAAACAAGUGUCUUCACUCUUCAGUCCAAAUAUCCUUUUAACUUAAAGGUUUAUGAAUGAAAUGAUAGUAGAGUCACAAUAACACACUUCGACCAUUCCAGAUAUUUUGCUCUUCUUUGUAUGCUUCUUCCAUGAAAGAUCUUGUUACCGUAUUUGUAGACAUUUAUGAUUUGUCGGGCUUAGCUUCAUUUGUUUAUUGGUGCAUCCUUCUGAGAGAUAGUCCUUAGAAAUUCACAAGAGAGGUGACUACCUGGAAUGAGAUGGUACAUUUCCUAUAUUUUAAAGCUAUUUUGAAUUUUGUGGUUUGAAGGGUACCCUUGGAUCAAUGGUUGAAUUGUCUCUAUGUGAUAUAAAGUCAUGGGUUCAGGUUAUGGAUUCAGCCAUGGAUACUUAUAUCAGAUUAAACUGCCUACAUUACACACCCUCUGGACGUGGCUUAACGUGAGAUGCUUUGUACUAGACCGGACUUUUUUAUUUUAUGGUUUCCCAUAUUAACUAGUCAAAAACAUUGUAAAAGAGAAAGAAUCUGCAGAUGUCUGUUACUCAUUGUACAAGAUGGGCUUCCAUGUUGUUAUUCUUGUUGAUAAGCAUGUAUUGAUUGCUGCCCCUUACCAAGUAGUAGCUAGUAAUCCUAGAGAUUAAACAGAUUAGUUUGUUAUGCUAGUGGUUUUAUUCCACUGAGCUGACACACCCCCUUUCAAUGUUUGUGCAAUUGUGGAAUACGAAUUAUGAAUAGAAUACUGUUCAAUUCCCAAAUUAUCU